AUGACUUCCAAGUCCUAUUUCAAAAUAGCCUUUAUAUUAGGCCUUAUUUUUGUAUGCACAAAUGCUCAAGAAAAGGUCUUCAAUGUCCAUUCCUAUGGUGCUAAAGCAGAUGGGAGGACGGACAAUAGUAAGGCAUUUUUGAAUGGUUGGAGGGAUGUAUGCAAAUGGAAUGGAAAAGCCACAUUGUUGAUACCUUUAGGGGAAUAUGUGGUAAAUGGUGCAGUUUUUAAAGGACCAUGCAAUGGAUGGGACAAGACCUUCGAAAUGAGAGGAGUUAUUAAAGCUCCAAUAGAUCCAAAGGUAUUCUGCAAUGAGUAUUGGAUUCUUUUUAAGUAUAUAGAUGGCUUAAAGAUUAAAGGACAUGGAACAUUUGAUGGACAAGGGGCUUGUGCUUGGGGAAAACAUCAAUGUGCAACCCUUCCCUAUACAGUUGGAUUCUAUUUCAUGAAUAAUUUUAUUGUGCAUGACAUACAUUCAAUCAAUAGCAAGGGUGUACACAUGAACAUCUUCAGUUGCAGUUAUGGAUAUUUUAGGCAUAUUAAGAUAAGUGCACCAGAUGAAAGCCCUAACACUGACGGCAUUCGUAUAGGCAACUCAAACAACAUCCGUAUCGUGGAUUCAAACAUUGGUACCGGAGAUGAUUGUAUAGCUAUGGUAGCAGGUAGUCAAAGCAUCAACAUUACCAGAGUCACUUGUGGCCCUGGCCAUGGAAUAAGUAUAGGUAGCUUAGGUAAACUAACUAAAAAUGAUGUUGUGAAGGAUAUACACAUCAAAAAUUGCACCUUCAUCAAUACUCAAAAUGGUGUGAGACUUAAGACUUGGGCAUUGUCGAUGAAUGGUAUGGCUACAAAUAUAGCAUUUGAGGAUAUUAUCAUGAUAAAAUCAUCAAAUCCUAUAAUAAUUGAUCAACAAUAUUGUCCAAGUGGUAAUUGUAAAAAACAGGGAAGCUUAGUGCAAGUGAAGGACGUGACGUACAAAAACAUAAGAGGAUCUUCAAGUUCAAAAGUAGCAGUUAUAUUAAAAUGUAGUGCUUCACGUCCUUGUAAAGGAAUCAUUUUUAAAGAUAUCGAUUUGGUGUAUAAUGGUCCUGCAACAUCAUCAUAUUGUGAACACGCCAUAGGAAAAGCUAUCGGUAUCCAAUUGCCUCCAAGUUGUUUAAUUUAA